AAUCAUACAAAAAUUAUAAAAAGUUUGGAAAAAAGUUUGAAACAACUCAGCCAAAAGAAAAUUUAGAAGGAAAAUUUAUUCCGGAUUUUGUCAGGAUAUUCGACCCAACCAAAUUUCCGGAUUUUUUAAAACAUGACCUGGAUAAUCUAUGUUAUUAAAACUAUCAACAGAUCUGCUAUCAUCUGAUUCUUUGUUCUUGAGGUUCUUACAUACAAGUUUUUUUCUAUACAUACAAGUUUAGUAAGUUAAAAACAUGGCGGAGUUAUCAAAGUCAUUCUUGGAAAAUAAAGAUCCAGUAGACGAUUAUAUUAUAAAAGAAACUUUGAAUGAACCAGCUGUGUUGACAGAAUUAAUGGAAUAUACUAUUGCUAACGUUCCAAUGUCAUUUAUGUUAUCUGAUCCAGUUCAGCUUCAGCUAUUUCGCAUGCUUCUCAAAAUGCUAAAUGCCGUCAAAUGCAUUGAAGUAGGCUCUUUUACAGGCUACAGCGUGUUAAACUGUGCCCUUACUAUUCCUGAAAAUGGCGUUGUGUAUGCCCUAGACAUAACAGAUGAAUACAUAAGUCAUGGUCGACAGUUUUUUGAAAAAGCAGGAGUGAGUAAAAAGAUCAAAGAGUAUAUAGGUCCAGCAUGCGAAACUCUGCAAAAUUUUAUUAAUGAAGGUGAAGCAGGUACUUUUGAUUUUAUUUAUAUUGACGCAGAUAAAGUUGGUUACCCGUUGUAUUAUAAUUUGAGCAUUGAACUUUUGAGAUCAGGUGGAAUAUUAGCCUUAGAUAAUGCUCUACUUUGGGGACUUAUGGUAAACCCUGCAGCAGCUUCAUUGGAAGAUAAGGAAAAAGUAAUCGCAAUGAGUGAAGUAACAAAAAAAGCUAGAAACGACAGCCGGGUAGAUAUUUCUUUAUUAAAAAUUGGAGAUGGAGUUUGUUUGUGCCGAAAACGCUAAAGGCUAACAAAUGAGACGAAAACAAAAAAUGUUGCAAUUUAAGCUAAACCAAGCAAACACAUGAAAUCUAAAAAAAAAAGUCUUUUAAAUGUCAUUUGCUUGCUGGCGAAUCGCUAAACUUUGCAAUUGCCGCAUUCAAUUUGUAUGUUGUAUUAAAUAGAAUUUUUUUUUUUUUUAAGUUAAUCUUUGCAUUUUAAGACUGAAAUAUCUUCUUAAUAUUUACGUUGUUAUAUAUUUGAACAUUACCGAAAUAACAUCUUUUUGCACAAAUAUUAUUUUCAUGACGUAAUGACUUUAUACUAAAAAAA